CGCAUCGACUAUCAUAACGAAUAUAAAAUGAAUGUUUACUGUUUACUCCGUUGUGAACGUGAAUUGUGAUUUGUGGGGCAAAAUAUUUUGAAUCAAAAACUCAAAUUUAAACCAGUAAAAGAAAUUAUUCCUGUUCUUAUGAUUAUUGGGCACAAAAAUUGAAGCUCUAAAAUAGGGAAAACUCCAUAUUCAUGGUCUUUGAGGAUCAUCUUACUCUUCAAGCAUAUUACUAGAUGAAUUGAAUGCGUUUUUGGGAUUAAUUUUGUGGCGGAUUGAUCAGUGGGCAUGACUAUUCUCAGCAGAUUUUUUCAUAAAAGACCCCCUGAUGGGUUGCUUGAAUUUGUUGAUAGGGUUUAUGUUUUUGAUACUUGUUUUUCUACGGAUGUCCUACGCGAUGGAAUUUACCAAAUUUAUCUUCAUGAGGUUAUAAAUGAAUUGCGUGAAACGUUUCCUGGUUCGGCCUUUCUUGCUAUCAACUUUCGUGAAGGCCAGAAGCGUAGUCUGUUUGCAGAGACAUUACGUGGAUAUGAUGUUAUGGUACUGGACUAUCCUAGGCAAUAUGAAGGCUGCCCUGUAUUGCCAUUGUCACUGGUGCACCACUUUCUUCGUGUUUCUGAUGGUUGGCUCUCUGGGCGUAAUCAGCGUAAUAUUGUUUUGAUGCAUUGUGAGAGAGGUGGUUGGCCACUUUUGGCAUUUAUGUUGGCUAGUUUUUUAAUUUUCAGAAAAGUGCAUAGUGGGGAGAAAAGGACGCUUGAAAUGGUCCAUCGUGAGGCACCAAAAGGAUUUUUAAAGCUUUUGUCACCCCUAAAUCCGUUUUCAUCCCAGCUCCGCUAUCUUCAAUAUGUUUCAAGGAGGAACUUAUCUCCAGAGUGGCCUCCCCUUGAGCGGACACUUUCAUUGGAUUGCCUUAUUCUUCGAGGAAUUCCUAUCUAUGAUAACAAUAAAGGCUGCAGGCCAGCCAUCCGUAUCUUUGGCAGAAACCUCCUUGAUAAGGGUGGCUUAUCAACUCAGAUGCUCUUCUCCAUGUCUAACAAGAAGAAGAGCCUUAGGCAUUAUCAUCAGGCAGAUUCUGAUGUGAUCAAAAUCGAUAUCCAGUGUGUGGUGCAAGGAGAUGUUGUACUUGAAUGUAUCCAUCUAGACACGGAGCUCGAACGAGAGAUUAUGAUGUUCAGAAUAAUGUUCAACACUGCUUUUAUCAGGUCAAACAUUUUAAUACUCAACUGUGAAAACUUGGAUGUUCUCUGGGAUGCCAAGGAACGCUAUCCAAAAGGAUUUAGAGCGGAGGUACUGUUUGGAGAAAUUGAGAGAAUAUCUCCCUUGAAAGAACCACCAACUGCAGUUUUAAAUGGUGAAGAGAGGGGUGGAUUGCCUAUUGAAGCUUUUUCAGCAGUUCAGGAACUAUUUAGUGGUGCAGAAUGGGGUGAUAAUACUGAUGAUGCUACAAUGUGGUUGCUCAAGCAACUUUCUGUUUUACAAAGCAGGCUUAGUUCAAAUACGUCGCCUGCUGAUUCGGAAGAGGCAUCGAGUAUAGCUGAUUCAGAUUUUAUGGAGCCUGAAAACUUUUAUGAGUCAUCAAACACCAGUGUGACGAAUUUUCUUGAUGAUCCUUUGUCUCAUGAUUCUGCUUCAGAUGAAGCAUCAGAUGUUCCAUCCAUUUCUCGUGGAGAAAGUUUAGUCCUACGCAGUGUCAAAUCGGAACAUGAGAAUGAUGCUUUACAUGAUGUGGCCACUCAGUUGGAAAGUGCUACACAAGUUGAUGCUACUCACUUGUCAGUUGCUCAUCGAUCUCUAAUUGAUGUCAAAGGAAGUUUAUCAACACCUUCUCUUGUUGCUGUUGCAAACAAGCAGGAAAUGUCUCCUACACAAGCACCACCACCACCACCUCCACCUCUUCCAGUUAAAUCAAAAAGUGAACUGUCUCCUUCACCACCUCCGCCUCCACCACCUCCACCACCUCCACCUUCCUUUUCCUCAACUCCUUACACUAGUUCGAAUACUGAUUCCAGUGAUACUAUUCAGCAUUCUCAUAAUGGUCCACAUCCACCAAACCCCUCACCACUACUGCCUCUACCCCCCUUUGGGACCAACUCUAAUAAAUUUGAACCUCCACCUCCACCUCCACCUCCACCUCCACCUCCACCAUUUGCUUCAAGGGGAUCCGAAUCAUCUGCGUCAAGCUAUUCUGUGAAGGUUUUUACCCCUCCUCCACCUCCACCUCCACCUGCUUCUGAUCUAGGUAACUCCACAAAGGCAUUUAUUCCCCCGCCUCUGCCACCUCCCCCACCUCCACCACUUUCCAUGGUUAAUUUAGCAAAGUCAUCCACUCCUCCACCCCCACCCCCACCCCCACCCCUUCCACCACCUCCGUCUCAUGGUCUAAGUAGCCCUGCAAAAGUAAAUAUGCCUCCUCCUCCCCCACCCCCACCCCCACCCCCACCCCCACCUCAGUCUCAUGGUCUAAGUAGCCCCGCAAAAGUAAAUAUGCCCCCUCCUCCCCCACCCCCACCUCCAUCACUUGGUCUAAGUACUACAAAAGUAAAUAUGCCUCCUCCUCCUCCUCCCCCUCCCCCUCCCCCUCCCCCUCCAUUGCCAUCUACAUCUUCUAGUCUAUCUACGUCAAUGAGGUCAUGUCCACCUCCACCGCCUCCGCCUCCACCUCCACCUUCUAAUGGGAUUGGUAACCCCAAAAAUAUUCCUUCUUCUCCCCAUCCACCUCCACCACCUCGUCAUUCAAGUAAUAUUACUGGUCCAUCUCUAUCUGCACCCUCACCUCCCCCACCUCCCCCACCUUCAACCAAAGGUAUUUCCUCUAAGACAUUUGCACCUCCACCUCCCCCACCACCUGCACCUCCGCAACAAACUUCAAAGCCUGCUCCACCACCGCCACCUGCACCGAAGGGUCCUGGUACUCAAGCAUCUUCCCGUGGUAUAGUUCCAGGCCCGCCUCCACCACCGGGACCUAAGGUUUCUGGUGGACCACCUGCACCUCCGCUCUCUGUUGGAAGGGGAAAAACAUCUUUAGGGCUGGCUAGUUCAAGAAAUAGGGGUGCUUCUUCAACAACAAAGAAAGCUUCGUUAAAGCCUUUGCAUUGGGUGAAGGUUACUCGAGCUGUUAAGGGGAGUUUAUGGGCUGACACACAAAAGCAGGAGAGUCAAGCAGCGGCCCCUGAGAUAGAUAUAUCAGAACUUGAAAGCUUGUUCUCAGCUAAUACUGAUGCAAGUGGUGGAGGUAAAGUAGGAGUCCGACGUGGCACUAAUGUUAACAAACCAGAAAAAGUGCAAUUGAUUGAUUUACGUAGAGCUUAUAACUGUGAAAUAAUGCUUACAAAAAUAAAGAUGCCUCUACCCGACAUGAUGAGUUCAGUCCUUGCAUUAGAUUCUUCAGCAUUGGACAUUGAUCAAGUGGAGAAUUUGAUCAAAUUUUGUCCAACAAAAGAGGAGAUGGAAACGUUGAAGAAUUACAAUGGGGAUAGAACUAUGCUCGGGAAAUGUGAGCAGUUUUUCUUGGAGCUGAUGAAGGUCCCACGAGUUGAAGCCAAAUUACGAGUAUUUGCUUUUAAAAUUACAUUUUCUAGUCAGGUCAGUGAUUUGAGAGGCAACUUGGAUACUAUUAAUUCUGCUUCACGAGAGGUAAGAGAAUCUGGGAAGCUGAGACAAAUAAUGCAGACAAUUCUAACAUUAGGAAAUGCAUUAAAUCAAGGAACUGCAAGAGGUUCUGCUGUCGGUUUCAAAUUAGACAGCCUCCUUAAAUUGUCUGAUACACGUGCUAGGAACAACAAAAUGACUUUAAUGCAUUACCUUUGUAAGCUUCUUGCUGAAAAAAUGCCAGAGUUGCUAGAUUUCGACAAGGAUCUUGUACAUUUAGAAGCAGCUUCAAAGAUACAAUUGAAAUCAUUGGCGGAAGAAAUGCAAGCUGUUAGCAAAGGUCUGGAGAAGGUUGAGCAGGAACUUGCUGCAUCAGAGAAUGAUGGAGCGGUCUCUACAGGCUUCAGGAGGGUCUUAAAAGACUUCCUAGAUACAGCUGAAGCUGAAGUCAGAUCUCUUACCACCUUGUAUUCAGAAGUGGGAAGAAAUGCAGAUUCUCUUUGUCAAUAUUUUGGUGAGGAUCCAGCAAGGUGUCCGUUUGAGCAAGUAACCCAGAUAUUGUUUGUCUUUGUAAAACUGUUCAACAAAUCUCGAGAAGAAAACAAACAGCAAGCAGAAGCCGAGAAAAAGAAGAUGGAGAAAGAAGCCAUGAAAGAAAAAGCAGCUGCUGCUACUGCCGCAAAAAAGGAAGGACUGGAUCUCGACAGAUCCAAACUUAAUCCUGUAAAUAGAAAACAAUUACCUUGAUCAAACUACUAACACCGAAACGACAUGAAAUAAAUAAUACUGGAGAAUGAGAUCAGGAAGCAGCUCCUCGGUAUUUGGAGCUACGGGAAGUAUAUCCAGAAAUCCCAGUCUCUCAGAUUAUGCACGCAGGAACAUUUUAGGCGACAUAUCUUGAAUAUCAGAAGGGGGUUCGUUCAAUUAUAGGCCUUUUACAUGAUCUAUUGGGCAUCUUUUUGUGCUCUCUUCCCAUCUCUGCAGGUUUUCCUUCCUUUACACUUUUACUUGUUCAUUCCAUUUCUUGAUCUUCCCUUUUACUUAGAACAUCAUCAGAGAUCAAUGGCAAUGACUAUAGACUGUCUGUGUAUAUUGGCCAUACAUUUCUCCAAUUAAAAUUUAGUAUAGUUUGAAAUCAUAAUUUUCUUGUAAAAAGCUCAACUCUGCUAGGUUUCUCUCCUUUAUAUAUCUUUUGAUUUAAUUUUUAUUUUCUAAUUAU